AUUAAAGGAGAACAUAUUUGUUUACAUAGAUCCGAAGUUGAAAUGUUUUCAGUUUCUCUGACAUCUUCUGGUUUCGAAAUUAGCCAGGGACAUUUUACUAUUUAAUAGCUUACAAACAGUGAAAACCCAUUCAAUUGUCUUGUUUAGUUAGUUCUCUGGAGCAGGUUUUCCGCUUGCUACGAGGGUAGCUAGCUAGCUCGAUGUUAGCAGCAAUCAAUCGUUUGCUAUACAUUUCACGAUGGACGACAGACUAUGAAAUUUGACCUCCGAUGUUAUAAACAAAUUUAAAGGUUGUUAUUUGCAGUUUUACAAAAAUGGAUAUCAGUCUAACAAUUUCACUAAUGCGGGGCCAGAUGGGUACGGUGAUAGAGAGAGCGGUUAGCGCCGCUGUUGAGACUGUGUUGGGGGAGAUGCUUAGAGUGGUCGGCAUUAAAUUUGACGAGCUGAAGAUGGAAGUAGUAGCUAAAGAGAAAGAGGCGGAGAACAUAAGACAGUUGCUGGAGAUAUCCCGAUCUCAGAUGAAGACAAUGCGGAAACACAUGAACGCUCUGGGUGAGAACGCACACGGUGCCACUUAUCAGACCUACCGGACAGCAUUCGGCCAUUCUGAUCCCCGCAGAAUUCACGGUUCCUCCGAGGCCGCACUGUCCUCGGGUUUACCACAGCCGCCGAGAAGGACGGUUCCAAACAACAACCAAAUCCCCACUACAAAUGGAAACUUACAGGCAAGGAAUCGAGUCACCAUCACCCUACCCUCUGAGAAUAUGGUCAGAGCCACCCAACCGUCUGAUAACUUGGUCCGGGCCACCCAACCGUCUGAUAACUUGGUCCGGGCCACCCAGCCCUCAGAUAACUUGGUCCGGGCCACCCAGCCCUCUGAUAACUUGAUCAGGGCCACCCAGCCCUCUGAUAACUUGGUCAGAGCCACCCAGUCCUCUGAUAACUUGAUCAGGGCCACCCAGCCCUCAGAUAACUUGGUCAGGGCCACCCAACCCUCUGAUAAUAUGGUAACCGUUAGGGCUACAUCAACAUCCUUUGACAGUCACGAUGAUCUGACAACUGUGAUCUCCCAGACUCUGGAGGACCGGACAUUGACACCCACUAUCUCUGCAAUGAAUAGUUCAUCAGAGCAUCUGGAACCUUUGAAAGAGGAGCACCCAGCCCCCCUUGACCCCGAGGUGUCUGAUGAGAGCCAGAGGAGGGAGGAGGAAGAAGAGUGUCAGGCCGAGUGGACCAUAAGUACACAGCCACCAGAGACAAGCACAGACCCUGGGGCCCAGCUGGUCCUCUCCCCACCCAGGACUGAUGGAGCAGACUGCUCUGCCAGGAGUGUACUGCCACCCUCCCAGCUCCUGUCCCAGUUCCAAGUGAAAGAGGAGGAAGCUGAGGUGGAGAUUAUCUGUAUCAAACAGGAACCAGAGGAGGUGGAGACCCUGCUGAUAAACCUGGCUGCUGAAAACUUCAACUCUCAGGGCAACCUUUUAGACAGGCAGACUCAGGGAAACCUCCUCCUGGACAGUCACAGGACAAUCCCAGGCUCUCAGAACCAGAGGGAUAGGAGAGCACCCCGUCCACCACAGAGCCAGAGGACCUUAGCAGAGAAUACACCCUUCACCUCAGCCGACUCUUGUUCAUAUGGGCUGUCCCAGGCAGUGAUGUCAGGAGGAGUUGCUCCCAGGCCGAUGGUGCGUCCGUGGCCCAAAGACCUGAGUCUGUACGAGGAGUUUAAAAUGAGACGAACUGAGCUGAGGAGGAGGAGCCAGACCCGUCAGAGGGAGAUGGAGAAGAACCUUCCCCAGCCUCUAUUAGCUGACCUGGUGAAGGAGAGACGGGAGAAGACCCGGCUCAGAGUGGCCCGCUGGAGAGCCAAGAGGAAGCUGCAGGCCUGCCUACUGACUCAGAUGACCCAGCAGACACAACACCAACAGACUGGACCGGGUCUGGGCCAGGGGAAUAGUCUGAACAGUGGGCUGGGGAAUCAUAGCCAGAUUAGCCACCACACACAGCACAAAACCACAGGCCCCACUCAGACUCAGCAGAGAAACAGUGCUGCCGUAUCUCAGUCCAAUCACAGUUUUCUGUACAACAGAAGUCACUGUGACUCUGGGCCUAGUAACAUUAACUACCCUCCUCUCCAGUUCAACUCCUCUCUAAUGCUGGGGCAACAUGGAGGACACAAUAUGGUGGAGCACAUUAUGCAGCCUACAAUGACAUCGUCCUCACAGCAGGGCCUCUCCCUGACAGACUCUGAGCUCUACCAGUAACAAGGGAUCAUGGGUAUUCAAAUCUUACCCUACAAGUUCUGGAUUACUGCUGUUUUUUUUGUUCUACCUGAUAAUGAAUUACACCCACCUGGUGUCCCAGGUCUAAAUCAGUCCCUGACUAGAGGGGAAUCACCCACC